AUGUCAAAAGAGAACCAAAUAAACAAUCCUGAUGUCGCCGAAGAUACAAACAAUGUCACUCAUGAUGAUAAAUCCGAUACUAUCGUAAAACCUGAAUCUGUUGUUGUUGCUACCACUUCAUCUGAAUCUGUUACAACUUCCUCAAACGAUAUCGUAAACCCUGUCGUCUCUACCUCUCAGCAAACUUCUCCAAAGGUACCAAAACAAUCUGCUACUCAAAGAGCCGCUAGGAAAACAAGAGGUGCUUCUAAAGCGGUUAGUACCGCUGAAAAUUCUUCUAGUUCUUCUAUUGAUAAGUUAGAUUACGUCGCCGCUACUUCUACAAAUAUACCGAGCAACUUCGUUCCUGCUUUCGCUGCUUCAUCCGGUCAAUCUUCUAAUAAUAAUCGUCGUCAGUUACCACAAAAAGACGUGACUCAGGCGAAUAUUGCCGAUCGUUAUGUGGAAUUCAUUUUAUAUUGUAAUCCUUCUGCUCCAUCUGAUUUAGAUGUAUCAUCUCUCAUUCGUUCUUUCAACGCUGUUCCUAAAUCUGAUGGUAAAACUUUUGAUACUUGGGUCCUUUUUCAACUUGUAUCCAAGCAUCAUUCAGGUGAAAUAAAAACUUGGACUAAAUUAGCUCAACAACUUGGCGUCGAGCGUACCAGCGGAUCAAGUCCGCAAAAAAUUCAGCAAUACGCUGUGAGACUAAAAAAAUGGAUGCGUUCCAUUCAUAUCGAUGCGUUUUUCGACUAUAUUUUAUCGAAACCAAAUGAAUAUUACGAAGAUCCACAAAAGAAUCCGACAGGUAUUGAACCUACUGAUGGUACUGACGAUGACGAUAGCGAUUUAGUGUUAAAAUUAAUUAAACGAGCUAGUAGUAAGCGACAAAAGAGAAAAUAUACUCGACGUAACACCGGUAGUAGUAUUGAUGUUGGGGAUAAUCAUACAAAUGACGAUAAUAUUGACAAUGAUGAUGAUUUUGAUGAUGAUGCUGAUCCUUCUAGACACGACGACCGUUCCGAGAAACGCAUCAAGGCAACUUAUUCUGAUGCAAGUGAUGAACUUGACUAUGACGAUGAAAGAGAUGCUUGGGAAGAUGACGAAAAUAUGCAAGUUGAUGACUCUGGUAAGGUUGAUGUUGAUGGAAAAUCUAAAUCUUCUCGUAGGAAAAAUAAUGUACAGUUUACUUCUUCUCGUGAAAACCGGCCAAAACUUGGCAGACCGAAAAACGGUAUGACCUCCCGUCAUAUUCCAACACCAAUUCCUUCGCCAACUGAUAUAAGGCAUCAUUCCAAUUCUUCAGGUGGUGAUACAAGUCAUUUUCGUGUAAUAUCUAAUUCUAGUUCUGCCGGUAGUCCUGCUACUCAGCUGCGGUGGCGAAGUAUUUCUGUCGGCGGUGGUCCUAUAUCAACACAAUCUGGUGAAACUUCUCCUUCUCAACCAAUUAUACCAACCGCCCCUUCAACUUCACCAACUCAUAAAGGUAAUGUUACUUCAAGACGAAAAACAAGUUCUGAUGCUUCAGUAAUGGGUUUCGAUAGUUUUCGACUUUCAAAAAAACGUCAUCACAAAGAAAGACCACAAUCCCCAACAAGUUCUAAUUGGUCGUGGUCACCUCAAAAUAAUCUUAACAGUCAAGAUAACAAUAAUAAUGGAUUUUCAUAUUCUGAACUUCUUUUACCUCCGACUACCUUAACAAAUGAUCCUAAAGAAACUAUCAUUAUGCUUCAAGAAAAAUUGGUUAAAGCUGUUGGAAUGUUAGAAGAUAAUCAACGUAAGAUUGAUAUGUUAGAAAAUGUUGUUCGUCAAAGAGAAGAUGAAGUUAGGAAAAGAGUCGCUAGAGGUCUUAAAAAAGAAGUUAUUACUUUGUUUCAAAGUUAUGAAUAA